AGGUAUAGCCCUGUUGAUCAUGACCUACAUUCGCUGUUUGAUGUUUUCUGUGGAAAUGUCCUACGGUUUAUUUUACACAUUUGCUUCUCUUCAGCAACCAUUUCCCUGGAGUCUGUCCAAAUAUAACAAAACCUUAUGGCCAUCAAUCAUUGGGAUAUAUGAUUCAGGUGCUGACCGUUAUUUAAAUCUUGAUGUCUUGCAGAGAACUGAACAUAUUGGUGAGAGUGGUACCCUAGUAUGGCACCUCAGCCUUGUCCUACUUGCCACUUGGAUUAUUAUUUAUUUCUGUGUCUUUCGAGGGGCUGCAUGGAUCGGGAAGGUAUUUAUGGUUUUGUGUCCAGUCACUAUGGGACUUUUGGGCAUUGUCCUCAUCUACGGCCAUGCUGUAGUCCCAACAGCUGAAAAAACCUUUAGUUAUAUGUUCUUGGGAUACUUUGACAUCUCGAAAACUGAGGAUGAAGUGAAGAAUGAAGUUGGUCAAGCCAUUAAAAAUCAUCUUGGAGAUCCAAAGACUUGGAUGGAUGCUCUUAUAAUGCAUAUCUAUAGUAUGGGUUUGUGGUCUGGAGUUGUUCCCAUGCUGGGAAGUCAUCUGCCAAACAAGAAAGUUUUACUCAACACUGCAUGGAUGUUACUACUGUUAACAUAUGGACUUCUACCACAUUGGCUUCUUGUAGCCAUUGUUCCCUACAUCAACCCUCAAGAUAUUGGUGGUGUGUUGUCCUCAACUUCAGGAAUGAAACAAGGUCUUCCCGUGUUACUGGUAUCGGUUGCCAAUACAUUCUCUCAAUACAAUUUAUCUCCAGUUAUUGCUUCGAUGGUCUAUCUGUCUUUUUUCUUACUGGCACUGCUUCAUCAGAUCAUCCAUCUGGAAGUGGUAUUGGACAGCUUCUUACUCUCAUUGCCAACAUCCCUCCAUCGAUUUCUUAACAGGCGAGAGUACACUAUUGCCAUUGUAUGCUUUUUCUCACUGCUGGUCAGUCUGUCAUGUGUUUGUCAGGGAGGAUUCCACCUGUACACACUUGUCAACAACUACCUUGAUAGAUACUUAUGUGUUCUCAUUCUGAUUACAACUGUUCCAUUUAUCAUUGCCUAUAUUAAACAAGAAUCUCUCCAUUUCCCAAUUGAACGAGCCUGCAUGACCAUGUGGUUUGGAAUAGCACCACUCAGUGCUGCUUGUCUCCUGACUUAUUUCAUGAUAAGGUAUGUGUACGCCACACCUGUGGUUGGCUAUGAAGAACGCUGGGCUAAUGGCAUUGGAUGGGCAAUUGCUGCUGGACCCAUUGUAUUAGGUAUUGGACUGGGCACAUUCUUUGUUCUCCACAAGCAGAAAGGAACAUUAAAAGAAAGAUUCCUCCAGUCACUUCGUAUAGAAACUACUGUGCUUGAAACCAACCAGUCUGAGUUUGACUCAGUGGAAACUGGAGAUACACCCUUAAAUAGAUCACCUCCAACAGAGAUGAAGAAAAGACCCCUCGAUUUCGACAUUGAGACGGUCGAUGAUAUCUGCGCCGAUGAAGAAAUUAAUACAGUGAAGAUUGUUGAGGUCACUCUGCAGAGCAAAGACAAAUCCAAAGCUGCCGAUGUAUGAUCUGGCCACAAAGAGGUUCUAAGAAGAACAAAACAACAAAAAGAAGCAUUGAAAGAAAAUCUGAAGAACACCAAAUGUGUUACAUGAUAUUUAUGUAUCAAUAUAGAAUGUUUGUGGUGCGUACAUGCAUGUGCAUAUAAGUGUGUGUGUGUGUGUGCGUGCAUGUGUCUGUGUGUGUGUGUGUGAGUACACAUACACUUAAAGAAUAAAUUAUAGCAUUGAAUGUUGUCAUUUGGAUAUCUGAAAGUAUACAUAUUAUGUACUAUGUAAAAGUUAUAAAUAUUUAUAAACAUAUAUAAACAUAUAUACAUAUAAAUAUAUACAUACAAACACACACACACACACACAUAUAUAUAUAUAUAUAUAUAUAUAUAUAUAUACCCACACACAAAUAUAUAUACACAAACAUAUACAUGUCGGUAUAUAGAUAUAUGCAAAUGUGUGUGUGAGAGAGAUAUGUAUAUAUACAUACAUACAUAUAUAUAUAAAUUUAAAGAAUGGAGUAAACGCAUAUUAUAA